AUGUCUAAAUAAUUGCAAAAUGAGAAAUAAUAAAAUGUUAUCCAAGCUUCAGGCUUGCAAGAAGCAUAUGAAUAUUUACUUAGACAAUUAUGCAAGAAAGGCUUACCAACUGGAAAUGUUUAUGAAUUUUCUGCUCAAACAAUAUUGAAAUAUGAAAAAAAAUUAAAAAAUUAGAACAUCUAAACUAAAGCUCAAUAGGCUGCUAAAGAAGCACAUGAAAAAUUUGUUAAAAAGAUGCAAGAUAAAGAACAAAAGAAUUAGGAAGAAGUUUCAAAGUAUGAAUUGGUCUUUAGGGAAGAAUAAAAGAGAAAAGAAUUAUAUCAGUAAUCCCUUUCCUAAGAACCAGCUCAAAGACAAAGCAUAGGAAAACAGAGUUUGGAUUUGAAAAAUUAACAAAUUGAUAAAGUUGAUUAAUCUCCACCAAAAGGAGAGAAAAAUUAAUAAAACAUUCAAACAUCACCACCUAAAUAAGAAGUUAAAACUUCAAAACAAGAACCAGAAUAAGUAGUGUAAUAAUAAACAUAAAAUCAGCAAUAAUAGCAAUAACAGCAGGUAUAGGGCAAGCAACAAUAAAAUAAUAAUAAAAAAGGAUAGGUUUAGAAUUAAAAAAAAGACACAAAAAACCAAUACUAAAAUGAAUCUAUAUUAAAGGAAUUAAAAUUAGAAGAGUAAAAAGAAUAAUAAUAGCAGCAAGAUUAAUAAUAAUAAUAAUAAUAAUAAUAAUAAUAAUAAUAAUAAUAAUAAUAAUAAUAAUAAUAAUAGUAGUAGUAAUAAUAAUAAAAUAAAACAAAUGAUGUGAAUAAAGAAUAACCAAAAGAAUAAUAAAAAUAAGACAAUAAAAAAACAAGCAAGAAAAAGUGA